GCGCCGAGUCCGCCGGUCGGGGCACAGUCUGGCUCAAGUCCGCGAAGCCCCACAUUCGGUCCCGAGAUGUCAGCGAGCAAGCGGGUGGCGAAGGAGCUGGAGGAUCUUCAGAAGAACCUUCCCCGGUACCUGCAGAACCUGUUCAGCGAUGCCGCCGACAUCCUGGUGUGGCACGCACUCCUCCUGCCCGAGAAACCGCCGUACAACCUCAAGGCCUUCAAGCUGCGCAUCGACUUCCCCGAGGAGUAUCCGUUCAGGCCCCCCACGGUGAAAUUCACAACCAAGAUCUACCACCCCAGCGUGGACUACGACGGACAGGUGUGCCUGCCCAUCAUCAGCAAUGAGAACUGGAAGCCUUCCAUCAAGACCUGCCAAGUCUUGGAGGCCCUCAGUGUGCUGGUGAAUACACCAGACCUGAGCCAGCCCCUCCGGGUGAAACUUGCUGAUCUGCUGAUACAGGACCCGGAGCAGUUCAACAGGGAGGCCGAAGAGUUCACCCUCAAGUUUGGAGAGGACCGGCCCUCCUAACUCUGGUUCUGACCCCUCUCUGCCUCGGAUCCUCUCUGUGUGAUGGACGGACACACCUCCUGAACUGGGGGCCAGAGCCCCUUGGUGGCCCGUUCUCUGCUCAUUUUUUCCAUUUUUUCCUUCUUAGGUUGUUAGUCAUUAGUUUGUGGGGGAAGGGCCGCGGGUAUGUGUGUGGUGUGGACCCUCUCCCAGGUUCACCUGGCCACAGGUGUGCUUUUCCCAUUCCCUUUCUCUGCCCCAGAGCCAGGGGAGUUAGGGUUUGCAGAGUUUCAGGCCAGCUCUCCAGUGCUCUCUGACGUGGGAAUCCUGGUCUCACUAGUUGAUCCAUCUGAGAGACACAGGUCACCUUCCAGGCCAGCUUGCGGGAAAUGAGCCCAGCAGACAAUCAGAAUCCCCCCAAGGCCCAGGCAUCAGGGGGGCAGAGGGGAAGUAGGGUGUAGGGGUGGGAGGCAGGGCACAUGGAGGGCAUCAUAUUUACGACUGCUUUGUUGAUUGAAUAAUUGAAAUCAGCCAGACUAUUGAUAGAUGUGUAUAGAUUUAGGUGCUAAACCUUUUCUCUUCCACAAAGUGAAGAAUCCAAUCUCCAUCCCGGAAAUCUGAUGACGUGGUUUCUAAACCACUUGCAAUCCCAUUAGGUGGCCAGUUCCUGGGGGCCAGGCUUCAGGCUGGGAGGAGUGUCCCCUCCAGCUUCCAUUCCAGGGGGAGUCAGGGGAACCAUGUGCUUGACCAGGCAUUAAAGUCACAGAUG